CCCAUUUUGUGCACUCAAGCUUCAAGCUGUUGCAAAGAGGUUUCAUGUGUUCUGUUGUCAUUCAAAUCCUGUAGCUUCAUAUGCAUGCAUUGCACUGCAAAAUCCUAAACUAAAAACUAAAAUCUACAUUAAGUGUUCUCUUUUAAAAACCCUUUCAGGUCAGUCAGCAAUGGCUGCAGCAGAAAUCCCCAGUUAUAUUGUUUCUGCUCAGACUGAGAAGCACAGAAGGGCUAGGAAUUGGACUGAUGCAGAAAUGAGAGGUUUAAUGCUGGUUUGGGAAGAAUUUUUUGAUGAACUGAAACAAACUAAAAGGAAUGCCAAAGUUUAUGAGAAAAUGGCAAACAAACUCUUUGAAAUGACUGGAGAAAUUCGCCAUGGAGAAGAAAUAAAGAUAAAAAUUACAAACAUGACAUUCCAAUACAGGAAAUUAAAGUGCAUGACUGAUAGUGAAACCCUUGCACCUGAUUGGCCUUAUUUUAAAACCAUUGAUAGAAUACUUUCUAAAGUAUCAGAGCACAACGAUGUGAAAAUGCAUGACAGUCAGCAACCAGGCCCUUCAACGUCACAGACAGAGGCCUCACAGUCACCAUCUGCCAAGUCUACGCCUCUCUAUUUGCCAUAUAACCAGUUCACAUAUGAAGGGAGAGAAGAAUUUUUUGAGGAUGAGCAUUCUGAGAGUUCUUCCAGUUUACUUUCAUAUAAAUUAAGAACUGAAGAGAGACCUGUAAAGAAAAGGAAAAUGCAAAGCUGUAGCUUCCAAAAGAAGAAAUUAAAAUUAAUGGAAGCCAUGCUGGAGGAACAAAAGAAGCUGAGCAGGGCUAUGGAAGAAACAUGCAGAGAAGUGCGCAGGAUUCUUGACCAACAGAACAUCAUUCAGGUUCAGAGUCUGCAGCUACAAGAGAGAAUGAUGAAUCUACUGGAAAAAAUGAUCUCCAAGGCCAAUGUUUAAAUUCUUUCCCAAUGAUCCUGCGAAUAUGUAUUUAUCUACAAUAUUUUAUGGAAAUAGCAUAUUGCAAACCUAAGGUUGCCACUUCCUUCCAGAUAAAUUAAAACUGUAAUGUAAAUAUAGUUAAAUGAAAAAUCUAAACUAUAUAUGAUAUGAAUCUUUUAGAAAACUAAGCUUUUGUUAAUGAAAUAAAAUUGCUGCUUGCUCUGUGAAUUUGUUUUCUAGAUCCUAGACAACUGAGCAAUCAGUUCUAUUGGGGGGCUUAUGAUCAAGGAUCAUCAAACUAUUAUUGUGAGAUUUAUUCUAGAAAGAAAGGUUUCUUUCUCUAGACUGAGAAUAAAGUAUUAAAAAUGUACAUCUUUAGAAAAAGCAUAUUUUUAAAUGUUG